AAUUUGAACAUUCACCCCUCACUUCAACAUCAAGUUCACGCCGCUUCGAUCAUCUGACUCACUCUCUCGUCUCGGCCUCUCUCAUCUCAGCCGUCGCCGGCGUUCAAUCGUCACUCUUUCUCACCUUGCCGCUGUGUUGCGUUGUUGUGUACAACUUAUCCUCGAGGACAAACCAAUCGGAUUACUUUCUCAAGGUCCUUGGAAUUGUGGCUUCUUUGGUUGCUUCGGCAGUGAACCCUCAAGAUCUGCUUGACCAUUAUUCCAGUUUCAUUUCGAUAGUUUUUGGCAUCACAGAGACUUAUGCCCUCAACUCCAUGGACACACAAUAUUUCUCUACGCCUCCGUCUAAAGGAACUAAUUUGAAAUCUGGAAGCAUUACAACACCGGGCUCAUCGCCUUUACUUCCAUCCAUUACAAGGCUAUGGAGGCCAGCAGCACAAAGGAACAUUAGGAAUCAAUGGUCUAAGCUGUCUUCACUCAAACAACAGUGGGCCUCUUCUUCUUCAAGCGGGAGAUCUCAUGCUACCUCCAUUGUCAAUGCCUAUUUAUCUGAGAAGUACAUGCCUUCUAUGGAGCUGGGUUCUCUCUGCGAUAUGAUUGAUAUACGAAACAAAGCUUGUUUGAAAUUGUCUAAGCAGCAGGAACUCUAUCGAAGUAAACUCUUAUCUUCGUUCAAGGAAAUGGUUGAUGUUGUAGUUCAGAUGGUCAACGCUAGCAGACUUAUGAAGUGUUAUUUCAAGAGAUCAAGUAAUAGUGCACUCAUAGAAUUUUCUACUAGCUCUGAGGACAAUCACAACGAAGAUGCUGGAGAUGGUGGUGGCAUCCCAGUGUUUACAUUAUUCACGAUCCCUUGUUUUGAGAAAUUGGCAGAGGAGCUUGUUCAUAUGUUUGAGUUGGAGCUAAAUCUGAAGCGGCUACUUUUGAUGGAACUACUUUCUCUUAGUUCUGAAGCCUCACCAAAAAGCUUGAUCUGGUCAGAAGAGCUUUACUGGGGGGAAUUCGACAACUUGCGUUUGUGCAACUUGUGGUCCGAGGAAACCGACGAGUUGCUCCAUCCGACCUUGAAAAGUCAUAAAUCCAAUGCACCUACUGUCAGUCGUAACCAACACCCAAAUGCAGAAGUUUUGCAGGUUUAUCUUGUCACGUGGCUUGCAGAAGUAAACAUACACACAAGAAGAGUAGAUGAAAUAUUUGAAUUGGUUAGUCAGGAGAUUCAUGUCAGCCUAUCCUAGGAGGAUAUUGUAGGAAUGCUCUUCCUCAUGAUACUGAAGCUAUGGAGCUUUGUAAUUCUUCAUCGUUGAUCGAUCAGCAUUGGCGUCCCCGUACAGAAACAGAAGACGUUUUUGGUUUGUGAGAAUUCUGAAUCAAAGUCUCAGCACAGAAUAUGGGAGAAUUGUUGUUUAUGGCAGGAAUCAACAAACUAUUUAUGCAUAAAUGGUUGGUGCUCGUUAUUCUGGGCCGGUUUGGAAUUCGAUCUUUCUCGGUUCUUUAACAAUAUACGUUUAAGAUAUUUCUAGAAAACUUGUAAAAUAACAAAUCUAAAUUAAUAAAUAAACAUUUAUAUUUGACA